AUGAGUGAAUUUAUUAAGAAGGUUGAGGAGUUAGGACCCGGACAUCGGAUUAGAUUGGCGGAGGAAUUGGAGGAGAGUAUUAAUUUGGAUGAAGAAUAUGGGUCACAAGGGCAGACAGAGGCUCCGAGUGCUGAAGAAGAGGUUAGUUUGCAUUUUGUUACUUUUAUCAAAGGGAGAGAUGGACAUUUGUAUGAAUUGGAUGGGAGGAAAGAAGGUCCAGUUGAUUUAGGUGAAGGAGAGGAAGAAGAUGGGGAUAGGAAGGGGUUAAUUGGAGAUGAAAGGUUGAGAAAGAGGGUUGAAUGGUAUAUGAAUAAUGUUGAUCUGGAGAAUAUGUAUAAUUUUGCCAUGAUGGGGAUUGCUCCAACAUUAGAUUAA